ACAUGAAGUAUGCAUUAUAUCGACCAAUUGCAGCAUGGUGGACAAGUAUGAUUCGGCCCGGCAAUACAGAUCAGUACCCGUAUCAUAAACAAAAUAAGAUAACAAUAAGUUGAAUAAUACAUGUGGUUCGAUGGAUGAUACACAGAAACCUGAUACGCAAACAGAUGGGGAAAGUCUUGAAAAUAUGAUGCUGAAGUUUGCAGAGAAAUUGGACAAUGAUUUGGAGAAAAUAGACCAGCAAUCACAAAGUCCUUCCAACAGUAAGAGCAAUAAGCCCUCCACUGCCCUGGACAUGCACACAGAAGUGACAGGAAAUGGAAGUGAUUCCCUUCUAUCUCUCAUGACAGACUUUGCUGAGCAGCUAGAUAAGGAUUUUGUUCAGUCAUCACCCAACAGAGUACAGCAACUUUCAAUUGCUGGCACAAAUUCCUCUCUUGCUUCUUUUCUAAGUAAAGUUGCUGAUAAAAUGGAUACAGAGAAUAAAUCCACAGAUUCUGAAGCAUCUUUCAAGGAAACAGAUGAUGUAUUUAUACAAAAUAUGAUGAGAGACUUGCAUAAAGGAAUCAAAAAUAGUGAUUGGCUGAAGGAAAACACAGCAGAGAAAUGGGUCUCAGAAAAUCCAGACCUGGCAAAGGAAUAUAUGCAAGCUGCAGCAAAGGGACUUAACUCCUGACAAAAUUAGAUUGUCACACACUUAAAGAUUAUUGAUGUACUCUGGAAUAAUUGUUGAAUAGUACAAAAUACUGUGUCCAAAUGAUGUAUGCCAUGGCGAAAGUUUGGUGUAUUUUAUGUUAUACAAAAAAUAGGAAUUCAUUUGAUAUUGACCAAACUAGUCAUAUGUGUAUUGUAUUUUCACUAGACAUGCAUAUAAUGUAUAUAAACAGUUACACUCUGUUAUUAUUGUGUAUACACUAGACACACAUAUAAUGUAUAUAAACAGUUACACUCUGUUAUUAUUGUGUAUACACUAGACACACAUAUAAUGUAUAUAAACAGUUACACUCUGUUAUUAUUGUGUAUACUCUAGACACACAUAUAAUGUAUAUAAACAGUUACACUCUGUUAUUAUUGUGUAUACUCUAGACACACAUAUAAUGUAUAUAAACAGUUACACUCUGUUAUUAUUGUGUAUACUCUAGACACACAUAUAAUGUAUAUAAACAGUUACACUCUGUUAUUAUUGUGUAUACACUAGACACACAUAUAAUGUAUAUAAACAGUUACACUCUGUUAUUAUUGUGUAUACACUAGACACACAUAUGAUUAAUAAAUUUCUAUCAGUU